GGCUUUGUGAAGUCUCCCCUGUCUGAGACCAAACUAACAGGCGACACCUUUGAGCUGUACUGUGACGUGGUCGGUAACCCAACCCCAGAGAUCCAGUGGUGGUACGCUGAGAUCAACCGGGCCGACUCCUUCCGCCAGCUCUGGGACGGCGCCCGUAAACACCGCGUCUCCAUCAACACGGCGUACGGCGCCAACGGCGUGAGCGUUCUGGGCGUGACGCGUCUCGGCCUGGAGGAUGCUGGGACGUACGAGUGCCGGGCCAGUAAUGAUCCGAGGAGGAACGAUCUGCACCAAAACCCUGCCACCACCUGGAUCAGAGCACAGGCCACCAUUACCGUGUUGCAGAGUGAGUGGUCAGAGUAGUAGAUGACCCCCUUAGGUCUUUACUAGCCCACUGUGUGUACCCCAGACCCCUAGACUACAUCAGACCCUCUUCAAAAUCCCCGACAUUGGCAGCUCCUUCAUAGAAGCCAUCACCUACCACAUACAUCCUGAAAAUUAAGAACCCUCUACCUCAGUCCCUAGGCAGCUGACCUAACUCUCCCUGUGUAUCCCGUGUACCUCAGUCCCCUUCCGAGAUCUCCCGGACCACCAGUUCCCUCGUAGAAGCCAUCACCUACCAUAAGUCAUGGAAAUGAAGAAAUAGCAGCUUCCUUGAUCUCCCUGUGUAUCCCGUCUACCUCAGUACCUAGGCAGCUCAACUAGAUAUCCCUGUGUAUCCUGUGUGCCCCAGUUCCCCUUCCAAAACCCCCAGGACCACCAGUUUCCUCACAGAAGCCAUCACCUACCGUACGUCAUGGAAAUCAGGAAAUAAAGCAUCAGCUUCAUCUAAUCUGUCCCGGCAGACCACAGUGUUCUGCAGAGACCCCUCCCACCAUGUACACUGAACCCUGCACCUCAAACUAACCCAGAGACCUUUAACUUCCUCCGUUUUCUUCUUUGUCUAAACAUGUUUUUUUUUUUAAUCUACCCAUCAUCUCACGUCUUCUUGUUGUUGAAUUCCCUUUCUUUUGUAUUUUUUCCAGAUGGAUUUGAAUUUAGUAACAUUUUAAUUCGUCACCAGCUUCAGUACGAGCUGUAAACUGAAAUACGCUGAACAUGGGUUUGGACAGAGUCGUAUAUAGAGACAGGUCCUGUAUAUUGACCUCGUGUUACAUGGACAGCGCCAACUGGAAACCUAUCAAACCCCAGCUUUAAAUCACUACCCAGACCCCUGACCCCUGACCCCUGACCCUGACCCCUGACCCCUGACCUCUAACCUCUAACCUCUAACCUCUACCUGAGAAUGUUAGCUCUACAAGCUUCUAAGCUGAAUUACUGAAUGCCUAUGAAACCAUUGGAGGUAUAGACCAGAGCCAUUUACAGACAUCCAGAGUGUAUGUGUAUAUGUACGGAUCUGGUAUUGGAAAGUACUAAUAAAGAUUUAGGAUCUGAAUUUGAUCACCAUGUUGCAGGAGAAUUUCCUGAACUGCAGGACAUUUAAAACUUAUAGUAUUUUUUAGGUUUAAAAAGCCUUCUGAAGUUUGUAAUUUUCACUGUGAAAUUUGUUACAUGAUUUUCCAUUAAGGUAAAUGUAUUAACCCCUACAAAAAUUUUAAUUAAUUAUAAUCCACAUAAUAAUUCACAUUUCCUGUUGCUGCAGGAUUAUUUUCCUGCUGUGGCAAACUGGCUCAAAUUAAGAUCCUACAUAUGUCUAUAGCCUACUCAUUAUGCUUGUCCAGAGUGAAGUACAGAGUAAUUUAGUAGCAUGGGGUAAGUAUGAACGUGCUACCAUACAUGCAUAAUGUACUGAUAAUUGUUUGAAAACUAACAUUUGUAUUCUUGAUACGGAAAGAAUCUUGAUACGGAAAAGCUCAGCAGCUGUAUCAUCACACAGUCGUAACAUUUCCUGUGGUUAUCUCUGUUCUUUCUAAUCUCCAUUCUAUGCCAAUAUAUGAAGUGUUUGUUAAUAUCGUCCUGAUACACCUCCUCAAACCCACACAGGUUAGAAUACUAAGAGAGAACAUCACCCAGCUGUCACAACACAGGUUAGAAUACUAAGAGAGAACAUCACCCAGCUGUCAUAACACAGGUUAGAAUACUAAGAGAGAACAUCACCCAGCUGUCACAACACAGGUUAGAAUACUAAGAGAGAACAUCACCCAGCUGUCAUAACACAGGUUAGAAUACUAAGAGAGAACAUCACCCAGCUGUCAUAACACAGGUUAGAAUACUAAGAGAGAACAUCACCCAGCUGUCAUAACACAGGUUAGAAUACUAAGAGAGAACAUCACCCAGCUGUCAUAACACAGGUUAGAAUACUAAGAGAGAACAUCACCCAGCUGUCAUAACACAGGUUAGAAUACUAAGAGAGAACAUCACCCAGCUGUCAUAACACAGGUUAGAAUACUAAGAGAGAACAUCACCCAGCUGUCACAACACAGGUUAGAAUACUAAGAGAGAACAUCACCCAGCUGUCAUAACACAGGUUAGAAUACUAAGAGAGAACAUCACCCAGCUGUCACAACACAGGUUAGAAUACUAAGAGAGAACAUCACCCAGCUGUCAUAACACAGGUUAGAAUACUAAGAGAGAACAUCACCCAGCUGUCAUAACACAGGUUAGAAUACUAAGAGAGAACAUCACCCAGCUGUCAUAACACAGGUUAGAAUACUAAGAGAGAACAUCACCCAGCUGUCAUAACACAGGUUAGAAUACUAAGAGAGAACAUCACCCAGCUGUCAUAACACAGGUUAGAAUACUAAGAGAGAACAUCACCCAGCUGUCAUAACACAGGUUAGAAUACUAAGAGAGAACAUCACCCAGCUGUCAUAACACAGGUUAGAAUACUAAGAGAGAACAUCACCCAGCUGUCAUAACACAGGUUAGAAUACUAAGAGAGAACAUCACCCAGCUGUCAUAACACAGGUUAGAAUACUAAGAGAGAACAUCACCCAGCUGUCAUAACACAGGUUAGAAUACUAAGAGAGAACGUCACCCAGCUGUCAUAACACAGGUUAGAAUACUAAGAGAGAACAUCACCCAGCUGUCAUAACACAGGUUAGAAUACUAAGAGAGAACAUCACCCAGCUGUCAUAACACAGGUUAGAAUACUAAGAGAGAACAUCACCCAGCUGUCAUAACACAAGCCUCUACGAUGUCUCUAUCAGGGCUGGGGUCAAUACAAUUUCAAUUCAGUCAAUUCAGGAAGUACACUGAAAUUCCAAUUAAAUUGUCCUCAUUGCUUUUCAACUAAUUGAAAUGAACUGCAUUGAAAAGAAGAAAAAAACAAUUUGAAGUGGAAUUGACCCCAACUGAUUUGAAAUGGAACUGACCCUAACCCUGGUGUCUUAUUGGUGUUUCAGAACCUUCUAUCCAAUUAAAUUCUAAUUCCAAUUCUCCUCAUUGUUUUUCAAGGAAUUGGAAUGUCAGUUUAUUUCCUGAAUUGACUGUAUUGAAAUGGAAUUGACUAUUGGAAGUGUCUAAUUGGUGUUUCAGAGCCGUCAAUCAACUCGUCAGACCACAUCACGCUGCCAGUUGAUCACCACAGCCUGCCCCUCACCCUGCAGUGCAACCUAACUUCAGCCCACAGCACCCACCUUGAGAGCUUCUGGAUGAAGAACGGGGAGGAGAUCGAAGAGACCCGCGGAGAGAGAGCCAACACUGAGUACUAGUAGGUCCCUAACUAACAUGCUGGCCCUGACCUUAACCAAUCCCAUUAACCCUAACCCCAUCUACACUCCAUGUGCUCCUUUCUCCUGAAGUGUACACUCGAACACUCUGCCCUACACAUAUAAAAGCAUUGGAUUGGUGUAGACAUGGGCUAAAUUAGGAGAUUCCACCAUAUUUCUUAUAAUAAUAAUAUGCCAUUUAGCAGACGCUUUUAUCCAAAGCGACUUACAGUCAUGUGUGCAUACAUUUUUACGUAUGGGUGGUCCCGGGGAUCGAACCCACUACCCUGGCGUUACAAGCGCCAUGCUCUACCAAUUGAGCUACUGAGGACCACUUGUCGCAGUCUGAUCUCAUCUCCAUUUGUGCCUAUUUUAAUUGUGUACAUGUAUUGAAAGCAGUAACUCCCCUCUGCUCGGAACAUUUCAUGACUCUAGGACCAAGAAUAUUUAUUCAAACUAACUUCUGAAAUUUCAUAAUUGUAUGUUAAUUAAUGUGAAAAUAUGGCAAGUUUCUGUUUCGGAGAUAAGAGGUUUUCAUCAGACAGCGACGAUAAAUGUUUCCUUGCACAUUUCCAAAGAAAGGAGAGAUUAUUUGGACGCAGGCAAUGCCUCUGACAUCAGAGUGCCUUUCAGAGUUAGAACUAAACACUGUUUAGACUAGAGGAUUGAUUGACUUGUGGUGUUUGUUUUGUGUAAAUCCAGCCUGAAGAAGCCCAGAGGAGACGAUGCAGGGGAGUACAUGUGUGUCUACACCUUCGAUAUGGCUCCGCCUGCUAACGCCACCAUCGAGGUUAAAGGUACAGUACGACUCCCACCCACCAGUGUUGAUUAGUAAUGAAUAGGAUUGAUCCUAGACUGAUGAGUCAUUCAAGGAUGCUACGAUGACCUAAUAGACUGCCCAAGACCACAUUUAUAUGUCAUCUAGAAACAGCACUGUCAUAUUGUCCUGGAAAUACCGCCUUCGAUAGGGCCCCGCUGCCUACACCACCUCUGAGAUUAAAAGGACAACUCCCAACCAGUGGUGAAUGGUAAUGGCAGUACGGAUUUACUAUGACACAGUAGAGUCCCUUUGAUAUGACACAGUAGAGACCUUUGAUAUGACACAGUAUAGGCCCUUUGAUAUGACACAGUAGAGACCUUUGAUAUGACACAGUAGAGACCUUUGAUAUGACACAGUAUAGGCCCUUUGAUAUGACACAGUAGAGACCUUUGAUAUGACACAGUAGAGACCUUUGAUAUGACACAGUAGAGACCUUUGAUAUGACACAGUAGAGUCCCUUUGAUAUGCCACAGUAGAGACCUUUGAUAUGACACAGUAGAGACCCUUUGAUAUGACACAGUAGAGACCUUUGAUAUGACACAGUAGAGACCUUUGAUAUGACACAGUAGAGACCUUUGAUAUGACACAGUAGAGACCUUUGAUAUGACACAGUAGAGACCCUUUGAUAUGACACAGUAGAGUCCCUUUGAUAUGACACAGUAGAGACCUUUGAUAUGACACAGUAGAGACCUUUGAUAUGACACAGUAGAGACCUUUGAUAUGACACAGUAGAGACCUUUGAUAUGACAAAGUAGAGACCUUUGAUAUGACCUCCUCCUGCCAAAGACACCAUCAAGAUUAAAGGUAGACCACAGCAGGCUACGACUCCCAACCAGUGUUGAAUAGCUCCUGUCUGCGUUCCAUAUGGCACCCUAUCUAUAGAUCCUAUCUAACCAAUAGAGAGAGCAGAUGGUGGCUGGUCUGUCUGCCUGUCUGUCUGAUUGUAGGAUUACUGUAAGGCUCUAUCCAUCCACUCUGCAUCAGAAUCAGAGAAUCAACCCUAGUCUUUUCACUGGCAGUAACCGAAAGGUCAUUGGUUUGAAUCCCCGAGCCACACUAUGUGAAAAAUCAGUUUUAUGUGCCCUUGAGCAAGGCACUUAACCCUAAUUGCUUUUGUAAGUCUCUCUGGAUCAGAGUGUCUGCUAAAUGACUCAAAUGUCAAACAAUGUAACUGUUAAAUGGAUGCCACAAUAUUUAUUUAUUCACAGAGUAAUUUCAGACCAGAGUAGUAAUUCCUUUACAAAUGUUACUAAAAACAAGGCGGUUAACGCUCACUGAAACUGAACUGUAGUCUGUAUACAAUAACUGUAGUCGUAUACAAUAACUGUAGUCUGUAUACAAUAACUGUAGUCGUAUACAAUAACUGUAGUCGUAUACAAUAACUGUAGUCUGUAUACAAUAACUGUAGUCGUAUACAAUAACUGUAGUCUGUAUACAAUAACUGUAGUCGUAUACAAUAACUGUAGUCUGUAUCCAAAACUGUAGUCUGUAUCCAAUAACUGUAGUCUGUAUACAAUAACUGUAGUCUGUAUACAAUAACUGUAGUCUGUAUCCAAUAACUAGUCUGUAUCCAAUAACUGUAGUCUGUAUACAAUAACUGUAGUCUGUAUACAAUAACUGUAGUCGUAUACAAUAACUGUAGUCUGUAUCCAAUAACUGUAGUCUGUAUCCAAUAACUGUAGUCUGUAUACAAUAACUGUAGUCUGUAUCCAAUAACUGUAGUCUGUAUCCAAUACAAAGUGAUAGAAGAGAGUGUAUGUCUGCAAAAUCGUGCAAAGGUUACCCUAAGGCAGUGGGGUCAUCAGAUGUGAGCAACUAACCCAGGAAAUACUGUAGGCUUAGCAAAGAAUGUGAAUUGAGGAUUUUAAUACAGCAAACAUGGAGAACAUACUGUACGCUCAAUAGCCAGUUUAUUAGGUACACCCAUCUAGUACCGGGUCAGACCCCACUUUUCCUCCAGAACAGUCUGAAUUAUUCGAGGCAUGGAUUCUACAAGGUGUCGGAAACAUUCGUUGCUCAAUUCGUAUCAAUUGAUUGUUAUCAUUCCCCACACCAGUACACCACCACAACCAGCCUGUAUGUACCGUUGACACCAGGCAGGAUGGGUCCAUGGAUUCUUGCUGCUUAUGCCAAAUCCUGACUCUGCCAUCAGCAUGAUGCAACAGGAACUGGGAUUCAUCGGAGCAGGCAAUGUUUUUUCCAUUCCUCAGUUGUCCGAGUGUUGGUGAUCGCGUGCCCACUGGAGCCACUUCUUGUUUUUAGCAGAUAGGAGUGGAACCCGGUAUCAUGGCUUAGGAUAAGACCCAGAUGCAGACACAGGGGGCGGAUAGUUCGAAUCUCAGAUAUUUAUUAUAACACAGGGGGCAGGCAAACGGCAUGUCGAGGGCAGGCAGAGGUUCGUAAUCCAGGUCAGAGUCAGGCAAGUACAGGACGGCAGUCAGGGUCAGGACCGGCAGAAAGGUCAGAACCGGGAAGAAUAGAAACAAAACUUGAAAACGGGAAACAAGCUGGUACGACCUGACGAACUGGCAACAGACAAACAGAACACGCAGGUAUAAAUACACAGGGGAUAAUGGGGAAAAAUGGGAGACACCUGGAGGCGGGUGGAAACAAGCACAAGACGGAUGAAACAGAUCAGGAUGUGACACCCGGUGUGGUCGUCUGCUGCAAUAGCCCAUCCGUGACAAGGAUCGACGAGUUGUGCGUUCCAAGAUGCCGUUCUGUACACCACUGUUUUACUGCGCCGUUAUUUGUCUGUUUGUGGGCCGCCUGUUAGCUUGCACGAUUUGUGCCAUUAUCCUUCGACCUCUCUCAUCAACGAGCUGUUUUCGCCCACAGGACUGCCGCUGACUGGAUGUUUUUUGUUGGUCGCACCAUUCUCGGUAAACCAUAGACACUGUCGUGGGUGAAAAGCCCAGGAGGGCGGCAGUUUCUGAGAUACUGGAACCAGUCCGCCUGGCACCGACGAUCAUAUCACACUCAAAUUCGCUUAAGUCACUUGUUUUACCCAUUCUAACAUUGAAUGUAACAGUAACUGAAUGCCUUGAUGCCUGUCUGCCUGCUUUAUAUAUAGCAAGCCACGGCAACGCGACGCACUGUCUGUAGAAGCGAUCCAUUUUCUUGAACAGGCCAUUGAAUGUAUAUACAGAGGGGAGAACAAUUAUUUGAUACACUGCCGAUUUUGCAGGUUUUCCUACUUACAAAGCAUGUAGAGGUCUGUAAUUGUUAUCAUAGGUACACUUCAACUGUGAGACGGAAUCUAAAAAAAAAAUCCAGAAAAUCACAUUGUAUGAUUUUUAAGUAAUUAAUUUGCAUUUUAUUGCAUGACAUAAGUAUUUGAUACAUCAGAAAAGCAGAACUUAAUAUUUGGUACAGAAACCUUUGUUUGCAAUUACAGAGAUCAUACGUUUCCUGUAGGUCUUGACCAGGUUUGCACACACUGCAGCAGGGAUUUUGGCCCACUCCUCCAUACAGACCUUCUCCAGAUCCUUCAGGUUUUGGGGCUGUCGCUGGGCAAUACGGACUUUCAGCUCCCUCCAAAGAUUUUCUAUUGGGUUCAGGUCUGGAGACUGGCUAGGCCACUCCAGGACCUUGAGAUGCUUCUUACGGAGCCACUCCUUAGUUGCCCUGGCUGUGUGUUUCGGGUUGUUGUCAUGCUGGAAGACCCAGCCACGACCCAUCUUCAAUGCUCUUACUGAGGGAAGGAGGUUGUUGGCCAAGAUCUCGCGAUACAUGGCCCCAUCCAUCCUCCCCUCAAUACGGUGCAGUCAUCCUGUCCCCUUUGCAGAAAAGCAUCCCCAAAGAAUGAUGUUUCCACCUCCAUGCUUCAUGGUUGGGAUGGUGUUCUUGGGGUUGUACUCAUCCUUCUUCUUCCUCCAAACACGGCGAGUGGAGUUUAGACCAAAAUGCUCUAUUUUUGUCUCAUCAGACCACAUUACCUUCUCCCAUUCCUCCUCUGGAUCAUCCAGAUGGUCAUUGGCAAAGUUCAGACGGGCCUGGACAUGCGCUGGCUUGAGCAGGGGGACCUUGUGUGCGCUGCAGGAUUUUAAUCCAUGACGGCGUAGUGUGUUACUAAUGGUUUUCUUUGAGACUGUGGUCCCAGCUCUCUUCAGGUCAUUGACCAGGUCCUGCCGUGUAGUUCUGGGCUGAUCCCUCACCUUCCUCAUGACCAUUGAUGCCCCACGAGGUGAGAUCUUGCAUGGAGCCCCAAACCGAGGGUGAUUGACCGUCAUCUUGAACUUCUUCCAUUUUCUAAUAAUUGCGCCAACAGUUGUUGCCUUCUCACGAAGCUGCUUGCCUAUUGUCCUGUAGCCCAUCCCAGCCUUGUGCAGGUCUACAAUGUUAUCCCUGAUGUCCUUACACAGCUCUCUGGUCUUGGCCAUUGUGGAGAGGUUGGAGUCUGUUUGAUUGAGUGUGUGGACAGGUGUCUUUUAUACAGGUAACGAGUUCAAACAGGUGCAGUUAAUACAGGUAAUGAGUGGAGAACAGGAGGGCUUCUUAAAGAAAAACUAACAGGUCUGUGAGAGCCGGAAUUCUUACUGGUUGGUAGGUGAUCAAAUACUUAUGUCAUGCAAUAAAAUGCAAAUUAAUUACUUAAAAAUCAUACAAUGUGAUUUUCUGGAUUUUUGUUUUAGAUUCCGUCUCUCACAGUUGAAGUGUACCUAUGAUAAAAAUUACAGACCUCUACAUGCUUUGUAAGAAGGAAAACCUGCAAAAUCGGCAGUGUAUCAAAUACUUGUUCUCCCCACUGUAUCUAAUAGGGCACUCCAUAGUUUCAGUUUACUUCCUGUAUUGACAGAAUUCAAAUGGAAUUGACCCCAACCCUUUAUUAUGAGAUAACAUUGUAUUAUUAGUAAAACUGUCAUUGCCUUCAUUGGGUACCUCCCCAGUGGCACCCUAUUCCCUACAUAGUGCACUACUUUUGACCAGAUCUCAUAAAGUAGUGCACUAUAUAAGGAUUGGGAUGCUAUUUGGAACACAAGCACUAAAGCAUUAUUAUGUGAUAACAUUGUACUAGUAAACUGGCAUUGCCUUCAUUCUGUGCGUCCCAAAUGGCACCCUAUUCCCUACAUAGUGCACUACUUUCACCCUAUUCCCUACAUAGUGCACUACUGUUGACCAGAGCCCUGUGGGGCCCUUUUCAAAAGAAAUGCACUAUAUAGGGAAAUGUAUUAUUAGAAAAUAGUUAUCAUUGCCCUUCCUUGUUUUUGAUUUCCUUUGUUCUCAUUGGUUGUUUCCCCUCAUUCCAGCUGGUCCUGACAUCAUAGGCCACAAGCGUAGUGACAAUAAGAAUGAGGGUCAGAAAGCCCUGCUGUACUGUAAGGCCACGGGAUACCCUUACCCCAUCUGGACCUGGCGCAAACUGGACAACGGGUUCUACAUGGUACGUCUUGUUGUAGUUGUUGUUGUGGUUGUUGUUGUUGUGGAAUUUAUAUUUAUUAUGGAUCCCCAUUUAGUUUCUGCCAAGGCAGAAGCUACUCCUCCUGGGGUCCAGCAAAAUUAAGGUAGUUAUACAUAUUAAUAACAUUACACAAUACAUUCAUAACAGAUUUCACAACAUUAAAUGUGUGCCCUCAGGCCUCUACUCUACUACCACGCUUCACAGUCCCCGCUGUUCCAUAAGGUGUAUUUUAAUCUGUUUUUUUUUUAAAUCUAAUUUUACUGCUGGCAUGAGUUACUUGAUGUGGAAUAGAGUUCCAUGUAGUCAUGGCUCUAUGUAGUACUGUGCACCUCCCAUAGUCUGUUCUGGACUUGGGGACUGUGAAGAGACCUCUGGUGGCAUGUCUUGUGGGGUAUGCAUGGGUGUCCGAGCUGUGUGCCAGUAGUUCAAACAGACAGCUCGGUGCAUUCAACAUGUCAAUACCUCUCACAAAUACAAGUAGUGAUGAAGUCAAUCUCUCCUCCACUUUGAGCCAGGAGAGAUUGACAUGCAUAUUAUUAAUGUUAGCUCUCUAUGUACAUCCAAGGGCCAGCCGUGCUGCCCUGUUCUGAGCCAAUUGCAAUUUUACUAAGUCCCUCUUUGUGGCACCUGACCACACAACUGAACAGUAGUCCAGGUGCGACAAAACUAGGGCCUGUAGGACCUGCCUUGUUGAUAGUGCUGUUAAGAAUGCAGAGCAGUGCUUUAUUAUAGACAGACUUCUCCCCAUCCUAGCUACUGUUGUAUCAAUAUGUUUUGACCAUGACAGUUUACAAUCCAGGGUUACUCCAAGCAGUUUAGUUUCCUCAACUUGCUCAAUUUCCACAUUAUUCAUUACAAGAUUUAGUUGAGGUUUAGGGUUUAGUGAAUGAGUCAUCCGCAUACAUAAACACACUGGCUUUACUCAAAGCCAGUGGCAUGUCGUUAGUAAAUAUUGAAAAAGUAAGGGGCCUAGACAGCUGCCCUGGGGAAUUCCUGAUUCUACCUGGAUUUUGUUGGAGAGGCUUCCAUUAAUGAACACCCUCUGUGUUCUGUUAGACAGGUAACUCUUUAUCCACAAUAUAGCAGGGGGUGUAAAGCCAUAACACAUUUUGUUUUUCCAGCAACAGACUAUAAUUGAUAAUGUCAAAAGCCGAACUGAAGUCUAACAAAACAGCCCCCACAGUUUUUUAAUCAUCAAUUUCUCUCAGCCAAUCAUCAGUCAUUUGUAUAAGUGCUGUGCUUGUUGAAUGUCCUUCGCUAUAAGCGUGCUGAAAGUCUGUUGUCAAUUUGUUUACUGUAAAAUAGCAUUUUAUCUGGUCAAACACAAUUAUUUCCAAAAGUUGACUAAGGGUUGGUAAAAGGCUGAUUGGUCAGCUAUUUGAGCCAGUUAAGGGGGCUUUACUAUUCUUAGGUAGGGGAAUAACCUUUGCUUCCCUCCAGGCGUGAGGGCACACACUUUCUAGUAGGCUUAAAUUGAAGAUAUGGCAAAUAGGAGUGGCAAUAUCAUCCGCUAUUAUCCUCAGUAAUUUUCCAUCCAAUUUGUCAGACCCCGGUGGCUUGUCAUUGAUGAUUGACAAUAAUACUUUUUUUUACCUCUUCCACACUUACUUUAUGGAAUUCAAAAUUACAAUGCUUGUCUUUCAUCAUUUGGUCAGAUAUACAUGGAUGUGUAGUGUCAGCGUUGGUUGCUAGCAUGUCAUGCAUACGUUUGCUAAUCUUGCCAAUGAAAAAAUCAUUAAAGUAGUUGGCAAUAUCAGUGGGUUUUGUGAUGAAUGAGCCAUCUGAUUCAAUGCAUGAUGGAGCUGAGUUUGCCUUUUUGCCCAAAUUUUCAUUUAAGGUGCUUCAUAGCUUUUUACUAUCAUUCUUUAUGUAAUUUAUCUUUGUUUCAUAGUGAAGUUUCUUCUUCUUUUCAUUCAGUUGUUGUAGUUGUUGUGGUUGUUGUUGUUGUGGUGGUUGUUGUUGUUGUGGUAGUUGUUUGUGGUGGUUGCUGUGGUUGUUGUUGUGGUUGUUGUUGUUGAUGUGGUUUUUCUUCUUCUUCAUUUUCUUCCCCCAGGACAUUGGCACACACACAUACACACACACACACACACACACACACACACACACACACACACACACACACACACACACACACACACACACACACACACACACACACACACACACAUACCAUAAUCACUUCUCUCUUUCUCUUCUCUCCCUCCAGGACAUUGACAACUCCUCCGGCCGUUUCUUCAUUAACAACAAAGACAACUACACUGAGCUGAGCAUCAUCAACCUGGACAUCGGCUCCGACCCUGGGGAGUACCAGUGCAACGCCACCAACAUGAUCGGCACUUCGUCCAUUGUGUCUGUGCUGCGGGUCCGGAGCUACCUGGCCUGGCUUUGGCCUCUGCUGGGCGUCCUGGCCGAGGUCAUCGUCCUGGUCAUCAUCAUCGUGGUCUACGAAAAACGAAAGAAGCCAGACGACAUACAAGAUGGUGAGUCAGAGUCUGAGACCAUAUCAGUCAUGGCGGCCAUUUUGAUUUGUGGUUUGUUCUCAUUGAAUGUUUUUAUUGUUUUUGUGGUCAAGUAUAGUUUGCAGAUAGCCAUUUCAAAUAAUUCAUUGUUUUCCAAGUGGAGAAAAACAAUAGUCGACGUUCUUCAAUGCUGCAGAUAUGACUUCAGAGAAAGAGUUCAUACUACAUUUUAAAAACAUACUGUAGUUCUCUCUGUAUAUAUGAAUCCUUGCCAACCAGCUGUUGACCUAACAACGUAGUGGAGGGUUAACACAUGUAAACUCAGUUUACCCACCGUGUUCAGGUGUUACCCUCUUAUUAACCCACAGUGUUCAGGGUUUACCCUCCUAUUAACCCACAGUGACCAGGGUUUACCCUCCUAUUAACCCACAGUGUUCAGGGUUUACCCUUCUAUUAACCCACAGUGUUCUGGGUUUACCCUUCUAUUAACCCACAGUGUUCAGGGUUUACCCUCUUAUUAACCCACAGUGUUCAGGGUUUAUCCUCUUAUUAACCCACAGUGUCAGGUGUUACCCUCCUAUUAACCCACAGUGUUCAGGGUUUACCCUCUUAUUUACCCACAGUGUUCAGGGUUUACCCUCCUAUUAACCCACAGUGUUCAGGGUUUACUCUCCUAUUAACCCACCGUGUUCAGGGUUUACCCUCUUAUUAACCCACAGUAUUCUGGGUUUACCCUUCUAUUAACCCACAGUGUUCAGGGUUUACCCUCCUAUUAACCCACAGUGACCAGGGUUUACCCUCUUAUUAACCCACAGUGUUCUGGGUUUACCCUUCUAUUAACCCACAGUGUUCUGGGUUUACCCUUAUAUUAACCCACAGUGUUCAGGGUUUACCCUCCUAUUAACCCACAGUGACCAGGGUUUACCCUCUUAUUAACCCACAGUAUUCUGGGUUUACCCUCUUAUUAACCCACAGUGUUCAGGGUUUACCAUCCUAUUAACCCACAGUGACCAGGGUUUACCCUCUUAUUAACCCAUAGUGUUCAGGGUUUACCCUCUUAUUAACCCACAGUUAUCAGGGUUUACCCUGCUAUUAACCCACAGUGAUUAUGGUUUACCCUCUUAUUAAACCACAGUUAUCAGGGUUUACCCUCCACAUUGCUACCACUACAUACUUGCUAACAUCGCCCCAGCUGGCCUAACAUCGUCCCAGAUGGCCUAACAUCGUCCCACCUGGCCUCACAUCAUCCCAGCUGGCCUAAUAUCGUCCCAGCUGGCCUAACAUCGUCCACAGUGUUCAGGGUUUACCCUCAUAUUAACCCACAGUGUUCAGGGUUUACCUUCUUAUUAACCCACAGUGUUCAGGGUUUAUCCUCUUAUUAACCAACAGUGUCAGGUGUUACCCUCUUAUUAACCCACAGUGUUCAGGGUUUAUCCUCUUAUUAACCCACAGUGUCAGGUGUUACCCUCUUAUUAACCCACAGUGUUCAGGGUUUACCCUCUUAUUUACCCACAGUGUUCAGGGUUUACCCUCUUAUUAACCCACAGUGUUCUGGGUUUACCCUUCUAUUAACCCACAGUGUUCAGGGUUUAUCCUCUUAUUAACCCACAGUGUCAGGUGUUACCCUCUUAUUAACCCACAGUGUUCAGGGUUUACCCUCUUAUUUACCCACAGUGUUCAGGGUUUACCCUCCUAUUAACCCACAGUGUUCAGGGUUUACUCUCCUAUUAACCCACAGUGUUCUGGGUUUACCCUUCUAUUAACCCACAGUGUUCAGGGUUUACCCUCCUAUUAACCCACAGUGUUCAGGGUUUAUCCUCUUAUUAACCCACAGUGUUCAGGUGUUACCCUCUUAUUAACCCACAGUGACCAGGGUUGACCCUCUUAUUAACCCACUGUGUUCUGGGUUUACCCUUCUAUUAACCCACAGUGUUCAGGGUUUACCCUUCUAUUAACCCUCAGUUAUCAGGGUUUACCCUGCUAUUAACCCACAGUGAUCAGGGUUUACCCUCUUAUUAACCCACAGUCUUCUGGGUUUACCCUUCUAUUAACCCACAAUUAUCAGGGUUUACCCUUCUAUUGACCCUCAGUUAUCAGGGUUUACUCUCCUAUUAACCCACAGUGUUCAGGGUUUACCCUCCUAUUAACCCACAGUGUUCUGGGUUUACCCUGCUAUUAACCCACAGUGACCAGGGUUUACCCUCCUAUUAACCCACAGUGACCAGGGUUUACCCUCUUAUUAACCCACAGUCUUCUGGGUUUACCCUUCUAUUAACCCACAGUGAUCAGGGUUUACCCUGCUAUUAACCCACAGUUAUCAGGGUUUACCCUCCACAUUGAUACCACUACAUGCUGGCCUAACAUCGUCCCAGCUGGCCUAACAUCGUCCCAGCUGGCCUAACAUCGUCCCACCUGGCCUCACAUCAUCCCAGCUGGCCUAAUAUCGUCCCAGCUGGCCUAACAUCGUCCCAGCUGGCCUAACAUCGUCCCAGCUGGCCUAACAUCGUCCCAGCUGGCCUAAUAUCGUCCCAGCUGGCCUAACAUCGUCCCAGCUGGCCUAACAUCGUCCCAGCUGGCCUAACAUCGUCCCAGCUGGCCUAACAUCGUCCCAGCUGGCCUAACAUCGUCCCAGCUGGCCUAACAUCGUCCCAGCUGGCCUAACAUCGUCCCAGCUGGCCUAAUAUCGUCCCAGCUGACCUAACAUCGUCCCACCUGGCCUAACAUCGUCCCAGCUGGCCUAACAUCGUCCCAGCUGGCCUAACAUCGUCCCAGCUGGCCUAACAUCGUCCCAGCUGGCCUAACAUCGUCCCAGCUGGCCUAAUAUCGUCCCAGCUGGCCUAACAUCGUCCCAGCUGGCCUAACAUCGUCCCAGCUGGCCUAACAUCGUCCCAGCUGGCCUAACAUCGUCCCAGCUGGCCUAACAUCGUCCCAGCUGGCCUAACAUCGUCCCAGCUGGCCUAACAUCGUCCCAGCUGACCUAACAUCGUCCCACCUGGCCUAACAUCGUCCCAGCUGGCCUAACUGAAUGAGAGCACGAGGACAAACAACACAAGGAUGUGCGUUCCAAAUAGCACCCUAUUCCAUUUAUAGUGCACUACUUUAGGCCAGAGCCUAUUGGGCACUCUGUAGGGAAUAGGGUGCCAUUUGAGACGCAGCCAAGGUCCUUCGACAGUCGUUAAUAAUAGACACUCGUCCACUGUUGGCUACACUGCAGUAUUCGAUCCGUGAGAUUGUCCUGACAAGGUGUUUCCCUACAGCAACUGUGUCGUGUGUCUUUAGUGUGUGUGUGUGUGUGUGUGUGUGUGUGUGUGUGUGUGUGUGUGUGUGUGUGUGUGUGUGUGUGUGUGUGUGUGUGUGUGUGUGUGUGUGUGUGUGUGUGUGUGUGUGUGUGUGUGUGUGUGUGUGCACCUGUUGGGUGAAGCUACUGAGACUGAAUUAUUGAGUGCAGACGUAGCCAGUCAGGUAGCGACAGAGCAGAUGUUUACUGUUUGGGGCUCUUCCUGUUUCAAGAGGAAAUUAUGACCCAUGGACAAACCCAAAAUAUGCACACACACACAGACACAGACACACACACACACACACACACAGACACAGACACACACACACACACACACACACAGACACACACACACACACAGACACACACACACACACACACACACACACACACACACACACACACACACACACACACACACACACACACACACACACACACACACACACCCUUAGUUAAUAUAUGUUAGCAGUGCUAAGACAAGUUUAGAAUAUACAAUUAGGGUACUACUGUGUAAUAUUUUCCACCCUCUGUCCCAAAUUGCAUAACCCAACCUAUGUUUGGUAAGUGAGAGACUCUGCAUGCCUCUUGAGUUUCAAUCAGCAUCUAUAACAAACUAGCCUGGUCCCAGAACUGUUUGUGUUGCGUAGCUAACUCCUAUGGUCGUUGUUCCAUGGGGUAUUGGCAAGACAGCACAAACAGAUCUGACCCCAGGCUACACAGCAUUCUCUACAUGCAUCUAUCCCCAGCGGGCAAAAUUUGGCAUGUAACGUCAAACAGAUGUGAUUUUCUUGUUGGGAAGAUAUCAAGACGGCAUCAAGACGUCAUCAAGACAUCAUUAUUUGGUUGUUAACUGUUCAUAUAACCAGUUUUGCUCACUAGAUUUUCUUUAGAAUCUUAAAUUAUAAUGUAUAUUAACUUUCUGCUUAGGCUACUUCUCUAUGGAGUUUCACAGUCAAAGACUCCGAGCUUACAUUUAAAAAAAUAUGGAAUAUCGUGCCAAGGUCACCUUCAAGGGCAUCUUCAGUUUUGAAUGUAUUGUAUUCUCUAGUCUAUGCUAGGAGCAUAGUAUACCUUUGUAAGGAGUCAAUUAAUAUAAUAUAUGCCAUUAAUCAAAAAUGACUUAGUCAUGCGUGUGUACAUUUUUUGUAUGGGUAGCCCAAGCGGGAAUCGAACCCACGCUCCUUGGCUUUGCAAGCACCAUGCUCUACCAACUUAGCCUCACAGGACUACAAUUGUUUUCUCUGUGCUGGUCAAUUUCAAUGCAGUGUUUGAACAUACUUUUGUGCGCAGUUUGUCUGCCCACGCAUGCUACAGUAUGUUUGUAAUAAAAGUGAAUUUAAACUUGCAUCUGCUCUGCUUGAAUUACGUAAUCACUUUCUCAUCCCAUGGAUCUUAUUGGUUUUAUGGCUCAUUUUGACUGCAUUUGGUGUUAAUUGUGACUGUGAUUGUUCCGUCUCAUGCUAAGUUUUAAUAUGGCUUCCAUUCAGCACAGGGUCUAUUCAUUAUUUAACUUCUUCACCUGAGCUUCCAUUCCAUCAGCAUGGUUUUGAGAUGAAGUUGAGUUCAUUCAGUUAUGGAAUUUAACUGAAUUCCACUCAUGGAACUUAACUGAAUUCCACUUAUGGAACUUAACUGAAUUCCACUUAUGGAACUUAACUGAAUUCCACUUAUGGAACUUAACUGAAUUCCACUCAUGGAACUUAACUGAAUUCCACUUAUGGAACUUAACUGAAUUCCACUUAUGGAACUUAACUGAAUUCCACUUAUGGAACUUAACUGAAUUCCACUUAUGGAACUUAAAGGGACAUUUCAAAAAUGUUCAUCUUCAUAUUCAUCAUCUCCAACACCACCCUAACAUCAACAUAUGUGAAAAUUGCGUGUUUCUAUGUUUUGUAGUUAAAAAGAUAGAGGAAGAUAAAUGUUUCCAAUGACAUCAUCAACCAAUUAGUAGACAAUGCCUACUCAUAAUUGGUUAAAAUCAAACGAUGUACACCAAUGAUGUAAUUGGAAACACUUAUCUUCCUCUUAUAUUUUUUACUACAAAACAUAGAAAUGCACAAUUUUCACAUACUGUAUGUUGAUGUUGGGGUGGUGCUGGAAAUUGUGAAUAUGUGAAAUGUCCCUUUAAUUCCACUUAUAGAACUUAUGGAACUAAGUUAAAUUCCAAAAUGAUGGAGCUAUGGAACACACAGAACUGUCUUUGAACAUCAUUCAACCAAGCCUCCAACCAGACAAGAUGUUAAAGUCAUAUUACCACUGUAACACAUUGCUUAUUUUUAGACAUACUUUCUACUGAAACAAUUGCCAUUUCACCAUCAGCAUGCACUAUUUUCUUCCUGUUGUUCUUCAGAAGACCUUUUCAGAUGAUUAUCUAACGCAAAGGCUUUUAUUGUCUUCAUUUGUCUUCAUUUCUCCAUAUUUUCCCUUUGUGCAUCAGAUGAUGAACCAGCUGGACCAAUGUAAGUACAUCUAUGUUACAAUCAUUUAUUUAGUUAGAAGUCUAUUUAUGGUGUUUUGCUCUAGUAUUUUCGUCUUGUAGCUGUUUCUGUAAACUACUGUACAUCAGGGUUGGGCUCAAUUCUAUUUGAAUUCAGAAAGUAAACUGAAAUUGAUCUUCCAAUUCCAAUGUUCCUAAUUGACAGCAACAUUGCCUCUGAGUCAUCCAUACAGCAAGUUCUAAAAAACAUUUUGAAUGAUCAGUAGAUGUAGUGUUCUAACCCUUUUGAAUGAUCAGUAGAUGUAGUGUUCUAACCCUUUUGAAUGAUCAGUAGAUGUAGUGUUCUAACCCUAACCCUUUUGAAUAAUAAUAAUAAUAUGCCAUUUAGCAGACGCUUUUAUCCAAAGCGACUUACAGUCAUGCGUGCAUACAUUUUUUAUUUUUUUUUUAAAAAAAAUUUUGUGUAUGGGUGGUCCCGGGGAUCGAACCCACUACCUUGGCGUUACAAGCGCCGUGCUCUACCAGCUGAGCUACAGAGGACCACAUGAAUGAUCAGUAGAUGUAGUGUUCUAACCCUUUUGAAUGAUCAGUAGAUGUAGUGUUCUAACCCUUUUGAAUGAUCAGUAGAUGUAGUGUUCUAACCCUUUUGAAUGAUCAGUAGAUGUAGUGUUCUAACCCUUUUGAAUGAUCAGUAGAUGUAGUUUUCUAACCCUAACCCUUUUGAAUGAUCAGUAGAUGUAGUGUUCUAACCCUAACCCUUUUGAAUGAUCAGUAGAUGUAGUGUUCUAACCCUUUUGAAUGAUCAGUAGAUGUAGUGUUCUAACCCUAACCCUUUUGAAUGAUCAGUAGAUGUAGUGUUCUAACCCUUUUGAAUGAUCAGUAGAUGUAGUGUUCUAACCCUUUUGAAUGAUCAGUAGAUGUAGUGUUCUAACCCUUUUGAAUGAUCAGUAGAUGUAGUGUUCUAACCCUUUUGAAUGAUCAAUAGAUGUAGUGUUCUAACCCUUUUGAAUGAUCAGUAGAUGUAGUGUUCUAACCCUAACCCUUUUGAAUGAUCAGUAGAUGUAGUGUUCUAACCCUUUUGAAUGAUCAGUAGAUGUAGUGUUCUAACCCUAACCCCUUUGAAUGAUCAGUAGAUGUAGUGUUCUAACCCUAACCCUUUUGAAUGAUCAGUAGAUGUAGUGUUCUAACCCUAACCCUUUUGAAUGAUCAGUAAAUGUAGUGUUCUAACCCUUUUGAAUGAUCAGUAGAUGUAGUGUUCUAACCCUAACCCUUUUGAAUGAUCAGUAUAUGUAGUGUCCUAACCCUUUUGAAUGAUCAGUAGAUGUAGUGUUCUAACCCUAACCCUUUUGAAUGAUCAGUAGAUGUAAUGUUUGUGAUCAGCAAUAAGGUGUAUUACAGUAUAAUUGUUUUGAUGGUAACCCAGUCUAACUGUGUCCUUUGUUUAUCCUAUUGAAGGAAAAGUAACUCCACCAACAAUCACAAAGACAAGAACCUUCGUCAGAGGAACACAAACUGAGCACAUUGGUAAGUGUUUUUUUCCACUCUAUUGGUAAUGCCAAGAUAAGGAAAUGAAGUGGCAAUGAUCUGGGGCCGUGUGUAUCAAGCAUCUGAUUCAGGAUAGUUUUGCUUUCAGAUCACAAUGAAUAAGAUCACAUAGACGGGGGGCCAGAUCCUAGUUGAGCACUCCUACUCUGAGAAGCUUGAUACAUACGAUCCGUUUACCCGGUUGUAUGUUGUUAAUGUUGUUGUUGUUUACUGUAUCAUGUAGCUACAGUAUGUUAUUAAUAACCUGUCAAUAACCACAAAUAGCCACAUGUUGUACAGGAGAUCAAUAUUGAAAACAAAGCUAGUUUACUUUAUCAAUAAGCUGUGACCACAUACUGUAUCUCGUCAAUACCACUGACAGAUAGCGGUACACUGAGUGGACAAAACAUUAAGAACGCUUGCUCUUUCAACGACAGACUGACCAGGUGAAUCCAGGUGAAAGAUAUGAUCCCAUAUUGAUGUCACCUGUUAAAUCCACUUCAAUCAGUGUAGAUGAAGGGGAGGGGACAGGUUAAAGAAGGAUUUUUUAAACGGACAGAUAGUUAUAUAUUAUAAUCGCCCUUGAAAGUGGUGUGCAACUGCCAGGGUUGGGGUCAACUCCAUUUAAUUAAAUCCAGGAAGUAAACUUAAUUGACUGAAUUGAAAUGGAAUUAUCCCCAACCCUGGUGCCAUUACAAACAAAGCAACUACACACUAAUAACUUGCCUCCUAUUUUUCCUUCCACAGAUAAUAACAUAUUAUACAUGUAUGUAUUGACCAUAUGAAGGUAACCAGGAGAGGGAUCCAUAGCAAUAUGCUAAUAAGAAUGAUGAUAUCUGCCAAUAAAGUAUGUAGAGUUGAGGAGGGGGAGGAGCUACUGUAAAUGGAUGUAUUGAAUGAUGAGGCAUGCCUUCUGAUUUGAUUAUCUAUCUAUCGUGUGAUUAAAAAGGUGAAGAAUGUGAUCAAUGAACGUGAUCCCAUAACAUUAUGAAUGAUUUAUGAAGUGUCUAUGAAGCAUUAUAACCAUUGUUGCUGCAUGCAGUUAUUGAUUGUUGCUGUUUAUUGAUUGAUUGAUUGAUUAUUUAUUCUCAUCAAAUUCUUAUCAUUUUCCGUUAUUACUAAUUCUAAAGUAAUGCAUGCAAGUUAUUCUGACGUUCUGUUUGGUGCAGACAUGACAAGGCUUUUUGGCUUGCGUCCCAAAUAGCACCCUAU